CAGAUGACAAAUUUCAGAGAAGAAUUGUGGGAGCUAUAACAGAGCCUGAAAUAGAAACAAGAGACUGCCCAGAUCCGCACUUCUGUGGCAUAUGGGAAGAAGAAGAAACUACCAGAACAUUGGCCUGAAAGUAGAGUCUGGAAGCUUGGCAGCCUACGAUGGGGGCUGCACUCCCUUCCACAGCCUUUGGCUUCCUCCUCAGAUGACCAGAGGCCAGUCAGGAGAAGUUGCCAAUUCCCUGCCUGUCAGUGCAACUAGUCUGACUGAGGGAUGUCAUACAAGGAGUGGCAUGAUUCUUCCCAGAUGCCGCCUUCCAGCCUUCAUGCAUCCAUCCCACGACCCAGGGGUCAGCGGGCCCAGAAGGCAGCUUUGGUGUUGCUGGCAGCCAGCUUGCUGGUUCUUUGGGGGCUGGGGGAGCCCCCAGUCCACACUCUCCGGUGCCUGUUACUCUACUUAGCCACCCUACAGUUUGAACUGCUGUUAAAAGGGAUUUGCUGUCUGGCUGAAGAGCUGUGUCACAUUCACUCGAGGUACCAUGGAAGCUACUGGAAGGCUGUAAGGGCCUGUUUGGGAUGCCCCAUUCGCCACGGAGCCCUGCUGCUGCUGUCCUGUUACUUCUACCCAUCCCUCCGAAACAUCACUGGCCUGUCCCUCAGCUGGGUGCUUGUCAUUCUGGUCCUCUCCCAGGCGUUGAGCAUCCUCCUGGGCCUCCAGAGCCUGACUCCAGCUGAGGUCUCAGCAAUCUCUGAAAAAAGGAACCUGAACGUGGCCCAAGGGCUGGCGUGGUCCUACUACUUAGGGUACCUGAGGCUGAUCCUGCCAGGCCUCCAGGCUCGGAUCCAAACUUACAAUCAGCUCCAUAACAACAUCCUACAGGGGGCAGGAAGCGAGAGGCUGCACAUCCUGGUCCCGCUGGAUUGUGGGAUACCAGAUGACCUCAGUGUGGCCGACCCCAACAUUCGCUUCCUGCAUACGCUGCCCCAGCAGAGCCUCGACCGCGCCGGCGUCAAGGGGCGGGUUUACUCCAACAGCGUCUAUGAGCUUCUGGAAAAAGGGCAGCCAGCAGGUGCUUGUGUCCUAGAGUACGCCACACCCUUGCAGACUCUGUUUGCCAUGUCCCAAGAUGGUCGAGCCGGCUUGAGCCGGGAGGAUCGGCUCGAGCAGGCCAAACUCUUCUGCCGGACACUCGAAGACAUCUUGGCUGAUGCUCCUGAGUUUCAGAACAGCUAUCGCCUCAUUGUCUAUCAAGAACCUGCCGAGGGAAACAGCUUCUCACUGUCCCAGGAGGUUCUCCGGCACCUGCAGCAGGAGAGAGAGGUUACUGUGGGCAGCUACCAGACCUCAGUGGCGCCUCAUUACUCCGUGCUGUCCCAAGAGCCCAAGCUCCUCAUCAGUGACAUGGAACAGCCUCUCCCACUACGCACAGAUCUCAUCUGAGGCCCAGGGCCAUCUCGCCCGAGCCUCCAUGACUCCCAAGACUGUGAACUGGGUGCUUCCUUCAGCAUCUGGAUUCCCACAAGUUAUUUCUUUCCACUUCACUGAACUUGACAUCGCUAGAGAAGUCCUAUGUUCUUGGGCAAGUCAAUUCUUCCUGAGCCUCAGCCUCCUCCUCUGUGAUGUGGGAUUAUAAUUGCUGCUCAGGCCACCUCCACAGAAGGGUUUUAAAGACUAUAUAGACAUGCAGGGUGUUUUAUAAACUAAAGGCGAGUUAAAUUUAAGGGAUGUGCCGGGCCUGUCCCAUUGGCUCUCUAGGCCUCCUCUAUCUUGGGCCGACCUAUCUGCAUGGCAUCAACAACUCCCUUUGUCCUCAGGCUCAAGGGGAAGGUCCAGCAAGAGCACGGAGGGGAGGAGGAAGAUGUAGGCAGGGUAUUUAUUUCCCCAGCUCCCUUCCUGAGUGUUACUGAGGGCUCCCCUGUCAGCUGACCCUCACAGUAAAUCUCCAAGUUUCUGCUAAAGCCUCUUUCCUUUACCCCU